AUGUGGACAAUUCCGAAGCCAAAAUACAGAGGUGAUUUGUGCGCCGAGGGGGAGAUUGCUGUGAACAUUGGCGGAGUCAGAGUGGUGCUUUUCGGGGACGUUUUGAACCGCUACCCGGAGAGCAGACUGGCGGAACUGGUGAACUGCUCAACUCAGAAUUCCGAAGUUAUCUCGUCUCUUUGUGAUGACUUCGACCCCGGCAGAAAAGAAUUUUACUUUGACCGAGAUCCUGAUGCAUUCAAGUGCAUAAUCGAUGUUUACUACUUUGAUGAAAUCCACAUCAAACGCGGCAUCUGCCCCAUCUGUUUCAUCAAGGAGAUGGAGUUCUGGAAAAUAGACCAAAGUGUUUUAGAUGAGUGCUGUAAAAGUUACCUAAGUGAGAAGGAGGAAGAGCUGAAAGAGAUUGCCGGCAAAGUGAAAGUCAUUCUGGAGGAUCUGGAGGUGGAUCAGUGCAUUACGCGCACCCAGCGGUGCCAGAGGUUCCUGUGGAAGCUGAUGGAGAAGCCCGGUUCCUCCCUGCCGGCGCGCAUCAUCGCCAUCGCAUCCUUCCUCUCUAUUUUGGUCUCAGCGGUGGUGAUGUGUGUGGGAACCAUCCCGGAGCUCCAGGUGACAGACGCCGAAGGAAAACUGGUGGAGCAUCCGACUCUGGAGGCGAUAGAGACCGCCUGCAUGUUGUGGUUCACCACGGAGUUCUUACUGCGUCUCGCCUCAUCUCCGAACAAGCUGCACUUUGCGCUCUCCAUCAUGAACAUCAUAGACUUCAUGGCCAUCAUGCCUUUCUACGUGGUCCUGUCUCUUACCUACCUCGGCACCUCAUCCAUGAUGGAGCUGACAAACGUCCAACAGGCUGUCCAGGCGCUCCGCAUCAUGCGCAUCGCGCGUAUUUUCAAGCUGGCCCGCCACUCCUCCGGACUGCAGACUCUGACCUACGCGCUGAAGAGGAGCCUCAAAGAGCUAGGGCUGCUGCUCAUGUACAUGGGCGUCGGGAUCUUCGUGUUCUCAGCUCUAGGCUACACCAUGGAACAAAGCCACCCGGAGACACUUUUCAGGAGCAUCCCGCAGUCUUUCUGGUGGGCCAUCAUCACCAUGACCACAGUGGGCUAUGGAGACAUCUACCCCAAAACCACCCUCGGCAAGUGCAACGCAGCCGUGAGCUUUCUGUGCGGGGUCAUAGCCAUCGCCCUGCCCAUCCAUCCCAUCAUCAAUAACUUUGUUAUCUUCUACAAUAAGCAGAAAGUGCUGGAGACUGCAGCAAAGCACGAAGUGGAGCUGAUGGAGCUGAAGUCUGGCAGGGAGGCGCGCAGGAAAAGCAGCGAUUAA